CGGGCUCGCUCACCGGCAGCUUGGGGCUUGCCUCCGGCGGAACCAGUCCGCCGCCACGGGGCGGCGCGCUGGCCGCCAUGGCCUCUGGUGGUAGAUACUAACUUUUUGCCGAAAAAAUUAUCGGGAAGAUGAUCUUGAUGGAAGACAUGCAAGUGCCGAUGUAGUAUUUCUUCUAGUGAAGAACAAGCUCCUUGUUCGAAAACAAAAAAUCGCACCCACCCCUGGAGGUUCCUCCAUUACAACAGGUCCGAUCCCACGCGGCAGACGUUCGGGUGGAGAGCAGCUACAAUCAAGACCUUCUGGCGGCGCAGCAACGGCCAGUUCCACCAAAUCUUCUGCCAGACCACUUGAACAAGCCGUCGACGGAAAUAUUAAUCUCGUCCCUGUUGCUCGCACUCUUUCCGCCGGCGCCGCCAGGGUGUCUCCGGCCAGUGGCGCUGCCGGCAUUUUCAGUUCCCUGUUUGGUCGGAGUUCUUCGAGGAAGACCGACGCAGCGAGGGGGGCCCCAGAGAUCACGACAAGCGCUGCGAUGGGGGGAGGUGGAGGUGGAAUCGUGCCAACAACAAGCAUAUCGAAUGUAAAAAUGUCUGGGUCUGGAACAUUCUGACGCUUGUCAUGCACGUUUUGCAUGAGCCCUGAUGUCUGUGAUGCAUGCCCUAGCAUCACAGAUUUUUUCAGACCUUCUUGAUGCCUAUUCCGCAUGACAAAUGCCCUCUCCGCGCAGCAAAAAUUACAUUCCUUUUGGUACUCAUGCAAUACAGAUUUUUCUGGAAUCCAAAUGUAGCAUCACAAGUUGCAUUCUUCCAGACCCAUACACUUUUACAUUUGAUAAAGCAAACUCGGCGUUCUUACCGGGAAAACCGCGUCGCCGGUAAGAGGGGCGUGGGUGAUCUUGAUCGGACUAUACUUUUUUACUUUCAGCUCCUUCUUCUUCAUCGUCUAUGCCGCUGCAGCUCUUUUUGUGGCUCAGCUUGCACGCACGAAAGAUGAUGAGCUUUUUAACAAAAACAGGUCGAGGCCGCGCUCCGCCAGAGUUUUGGCGCCACACACCUUCUUCGCCAGUCGCAUACAGCGACAGAUAGCCGCAGAAGCCUGUUGCAUAACCCGAACUCCGCCGUGGCGGCAGUCUCAGACGCCGAUAGUGCGCUCCUGCGCACGAGCGUGACAGCCACUGGCGGAGGUCUUACUACAACCGGCGCAACUGCAGCACCAGGCGGUGGCCCCGUGAAGAAAACGCGGUCAAGGGGGAUGAAGACAAAGGAUCAGAACAAGCGUGGAGGUCGAGGAGGCCAGAACGGAACGGGAUCAUCUGGGGGAAUAAUCAGCGGCAGUUUUGAUCCUUUGAACAACAGCACGGGAACAUCAACAGCUGCAAGCAGCGUGCCUAAUUCGCUACCCCACAGCGUAGGUACACUAUCGAGCCUGCAGCACCGGGAGCAGGCUGGAAACGGUACUCUCUUCGGCACUCACGUGGGCUCACGAGGGGGUCCGCCGGGUCCGGGUGGGUUUUGGCUCGCCGGCGGAUUCGGAGGUGCAGUGGGCGGGAACAGCGGUGGAAAUAAUUCAAAUAUCGGAGGAAGUGGCGGGAGCAACAGUGGCAGUGCUGGGAACAGCAAUGUUGACCUUCCGACCGUUUUACAACGAGUCACCGCACGAGUGACCACACUGGAGCAGCAGCUGAACCAAAUCGCUGAUUUCCAAAAGCAGUGUCUGGCGGUGUUAAGCUCGACCAACUUGUCCUCCACCAGCUCGCCGUCUAAUGCCGGAGGCAAUGGUGGUACCGCGACAGCACCAAACGGUGCAGGAGCUGCUGCUGGUUCCACAGCGUCCUCUUCCCAGACUUCCUCAGUCUCGAAAAUGGCAUCGUUGACCCUGGAAGCGCCACAGUCUUCGAAUCAGCGCCGCGGCAGCAGCUCCAGUCGGCGCGGCAGUACGGCGAGUAGAAGGGGAAGUGCGGUCAGCAGGAGAGGGAGCACUGCGAGUAGGAGGGGGAGUGUGGAAAAGGAGAUGAAUCAGCAGCAUGGCGUCAUACCAACUGCAAAUGCAAAUUCGACAGUCACCAUACCGGGUUCUACUUCCCUGCCGUUGAAGAACCACAGACGCGGAAGUUUGGAGAAGAUUGCCGGCGUUUUGAAUUUGGACCGACUCGUCGCGUCCACCAGUUUGAUGGGCACUUCUUCCCAAAACCACCGACGCGCAUCCAGGACCAGUAUCAUCACCUCCUCGGAGUUCUACCGCGGGCUCGGAGCGUCCCAAACGCUGCCGGGCAGUGGGGGUGCGGGGACCGGAAGUGUGAAUUUAAGGCGGUCGAGCAAUUUGGGCGGCGCGCGGAGCAGCCUGAUUGUUCCGGGAGGUCGAGGCUCGGUGUCUUUGGGUGGACCAGGGAGUAGUGGCGCAGCUGGUGGUCCUUCAGGGGCAGCGUUGGUAGAGAUCGUGUCGCACGAAAGUGGCGGGGGUCAAAACAGUAGUACGUCCUCCUUUGGACUGGAUAUGAACAACGCAGCUGCUGCUGUAAAAAAGAAGCUGCAGAUCAAUACAGAUCUGAAUGUCGAGCGGGAAUUCGUGCAAACACCUUCGGAAGAUCUUCAAAACAGCAGCACGGGGGGAGGCGGUGGUACAACUAGUAGUGGAGCAGGAGGGCCAACGACGAAUCAAGAUGCCGGUCCUCCUGGUCGUUCGCAACAACAAGAAACCACCAGCCAGGAACCGGAAGUGUAUCCGGAGCAGUAGGAAUUGUGCAGAUGAAGCAGGAGGUAUAGGUAGAAUCUCAAUCUGAUUUGUACAUCUUUUGGAUGGGGAGCAUGGCUUUCCGUACACUCGAAUUAAGGUUUUCACAACGCAGUAUACAAGUGAACAAGAACACAGUGACAUCUUUCAGGCAGUUAUUAUUUGAAGUGACGAGUGAUAUAUGAUGUCUUGAAUCGGACCCAGAAGUAGAUUUAAUAGUAUAAACACGGUUUUUUUUCUCGAACAAAGAAUUUCUAGGCUAAUACUCAAGCCAUUUUCCUUUGUAAUUUACAAAGCCGGGCGCGGGCACACGUCGCACAGGCGCAAAGUCUGCAUCGUGUCCGCCCGUCGUCCUGCUAAGCUAGUAACGUCGUCAAUACCCGUAGCAAUUCGAAACCUAGCGAUUUAAGUUCACUAGAAAAAAGGUCAGAUAUGAAAGGCAAGAACGCUCAAGAGGAAAAAGUCAUCAGGCGCGACCAAUAGCAAUAAGUGACAGUGCAGUUUGACUUUGACGAAGACGAAGCUGAUCUAAUAUCAGGACGAACGAAAAGAAGAAU